GGUGGUAUAUUGAUGUUUCUUAUUGUACGGAGGAUUGGAUUUGAUUAGGGACGAUAUCCUUGUCACCGUCUACACCGAUAUUCAUUACCUUCAUUCCGAGUCUACUGAGGAUUGAAACAACAUGGACACCUAUCAAGAUACUCUCACCCUUCCCCGGGCCAAAACACCCCUCAAUGUCCUGGUCAUGGGCGCCGGGAUUGCCGGUCUGACGGUCGCGUUGGCGCUACAUCAAGCCGGCCACAAGGCGACCAUCCUCGAGCGCGUCCAUGGGAUCGCCGAGGUCGGCGCGGGGAUUCAGAUGGCUCCCAAUGCGGCGAGAAUUCUGGGACGAUUGGGACUAUUGGAAGAGGUGAUGAGUAAGGCGAAUACCAUGGAGAUUAAUUCGCUACGACGGUAUGAGAAUAAUGAGGAGUUGGGGCAGGCGCCGUUGAUGCCGGGGGUCGGCGAGCGAUAUCACGCCCCCCUCGCGGUCAUCCAUCGCGGUGAUCUGCAACGCAUCCUGCUCGACGCAUUUAGAAACCAAAACAUCACCAUCCGGACCAAUGCCCGCGUUUCGCACACCGGUGAGUGGGUGGAGGGCGAUGUGGUGAUCGGCGCCGACGGCAUCAAGUCCGAUCUGCGACAUCAAAUGGCGGCGCAUCACGGCAUCCCCAAGGAGAAGCGGAAUGUGGGGAUGCGGUGGAUGGGCCUCGGGGGCCAUAUCAUGGCGUAUCCGAUCAAGAACAACAGCGUGUAUAACAUGGUGCUGUUGCAUCCGCAAAAGGAGGGGGCGGCGACCGAGGAGAGUUGGACGAAUCCGGGCGACAAGCGGGAGAUGGAGGAGUUUUAUGCGCAGUGGAACGGGCUGGUGCGGAGUCUGCUGAGUUACGUGCCUGACGGAGAGGUCAUGGAGUGGACGCUCAACUCACAUUUCCCCCUUCCCACCUGGAUCGAAAAUCGCGUUGUUUUGAUGGGCGAUGCGUGUCACCCGAUGCUGCCGUACGUGGCACAAGGCGCGGCGCAGGCGAUCGAGGAUGCGGGCGUGCUGGCGUGCGCACUGUCCCUGACGGAGGAUCUUGACGGCGCUUUGGCGGUUUAUGAGCGCGUGCGUAAGGACCGGGCCGAAAAGAUCCAGAAAAGCGCAGCGGUUACGCGCAAGGCGUUGCAUCUGCCCGAUGGCGAGGAGCAGCGGAAGAGAGAUGAGGCCAUUCGGGGGCCAGGAAAGAAUCCCGAUCUAUGGGCAGAUCACGACUGGCAGGAUUUCAUGUGGGGCACGGACGUCAUGAAGGAGACGGUGGGCCAGUUCGAGGACCUGCUCGCCCGGAGUCACGGAUAUCAUCCGCAUGCGCUGAAUGCGGUGGCCUAUUAGCAUGUUGUGGGUUGUGACUGGUUCGCCGGUGUAUCCGACCGCUGGUUUGCAAUCUGGGGGCAUUGUCUGCCCGGCGCUUCCAGAGUCGGGAGUGGUUGGUUAUACUAAAAUCCUAGUCCUCCAUAGGAUCUGUUGUACCAUGUCUGGGUCAAGUAUACUCCGCGCCUGUCUGACUGUCUAGACCGGCCGACCAGCCAGCCCGCGCUGAACCGUCAGCACCUUGGGGUCCCAGCUGACAAGCGCCAUCCUGCAGUGCGAGCUAGUUGGACGCCAGCCCGGGCCAGACCGUCUGACAUGUCGGGGGAACAAGGCAGCCCGGAAAGUGACAAGCGCCACCAGCUGAGGAUCCCAUUAUUGAUUGUACUGUGGAUAGGGGGGAGGCUAGCAGAGUCCCAACUUCCAAGUUCCAAGAGGAGACCGUACCCGCUGGAAGUUCAGGUGUUAAUUCAAGGUAGCAUCAGCUCAAUCU